AUGUCCAGAAGACCUUUACUACUUAUUGCUAUGUUAGUGGUAAUAGUAUACUUCUCUUUGAUAGUGUUUAUGUUACGACCGCUCAAUGGAUCGAGAGGUUAUUAUGGUAAUAAUAUAAUAAAUCACUUCGGUUUGCGGGAAGCGAGGAUUAAUUGGUGUAAGAAUCUGCGUUGGCGUUCACCGCCGUCUCCAAACGUAGUUGCUUUAGUUUCAUAUCCAGGGAGCGGUAAUACGUGGUUGAGAUACCUCUUACAACAAGCAACAGGUGUAGUGACUGGUUCUAUAUACAUGGACUAUGGCUUACGAAUGCAUGGAUUUCCCGCUGAGAAUGUUACUGAUGGAUCCGUACUCGUUGUUAAAACACAUGAGGCUCCUCCUUUAGAGUCAGAUAAAUUUAAAUCGGCAAUCCUACUCAUAAGAAACCCUAGGGAUGCUAUAUUGGCUGACUUCAACAGACUUCAUAAGGGGCAUGUAGGAACAGCUCCAAAGUCUGCCUUCAAAAAGAAUAAAUAUAAAAAAUCUGACUGGUCUACAUAUGUUUUCCAUCAGUUGUCAGUGUGGGAGUCGUUACACAAUCUCUGGCUGACAAACUUCUCGGGUCCGGUGCAUGUUUUGUUCUAUGAGCUGCUUGUUCAAGACACUCGCAACAAUCUCAGUGGAGUUCUGGACUUUAUAAACUUUACUUAUACAGAGAAGGACAUGAACUGCGCUGUAAUGAAUCGCGAGGGCAUAUACAGACGGAGGAAAAAAUAUCAGGACUUUGAACCAUUUACACAUGAAAUGUACGAGUCUAUCAACAGAGUGUGGAGAUCUGUGUUGGAUAAGGUCACAGAAUACAAAAAGAAACAUAACAUGACACAAAAUAAGGAUGUAUCAUAUUUAAUAGAUUAA